CACUCCAUCUUGCUAUCUUCUCACACAGUCUCUCUUUGUCUCUUCUCCAUAGAUCUCUCCUCCUCUCUGUUCCGUCCUGUCGUGUGGAGAUGACUGAGCCGGGCCCCAGCUGGUGGAAGCUGACCUUCUUGAGGAAAAAGAAGUCCGAGCCCAAAGUCCUGUACGAGAUCCCUGCCGAGUACGGCAGCAACACAGGGCAUGGGCCCGAGGGUGAACUGCCAGACGACAACCAGUUCAACGCCCGUCUCGAGAAGAUCGUGGACAAGUCGGCCACCAAGGGCCGUCACGUGAAGGUGUCCCACUCCGGCCGUUUUAAGGAGAAGAAGAGGAUUCGCUCCACGCUGGCUGAGAAUCCAGAACUGUUCCCCGCCACUCAGGCCAGCGACGAGAACCAGCAGAGAUCCCAAUAAAGGAGACUAGAAGGUGUAGUGGAUAGUCAUGUCCGCAAACAACUCUGACAAAGAUAGCUAAGCAGAUACAUCAGACAGACCUCCACACACACACACACACACACACACACACACACACACACACACACACACACAUAGUCAGACAUACACAUGCACAUACAAUAAGGACAUGUGAGGAUGUAUUAUAUAUUGAAAGCCUUACACAAUUCAGAUCCAUUGAGGCCAAAUUCCAGCGCAUACCAAAGACAGUGUGUGUGUAGUCUGAUGCCAAUUUCAGCAGGCAUGAUGCAUCUAAUAUCCCAUUAAACAGAUUAAAACCUACAGCACACACACACACACACACACACACACACACACACUAUGAACACACUAAUUCAUAUAGUGCAGUGUGGAGGUUAGGUUUCAUCAAUGUCCAUCUGAAAGAGGAGAUGUCAGAUUCUCAGAGGGCAACCCAUGGUCCACUAUAACCUACACAAACAGUUAAAUAAUUAAUACAUAUAGUCAGUGCAAGCAUGUAGGGUUUUAACCAAUCACAAGGCGGGUGAUUUCCACUUACUCAGGCCUAUUGUCAGCCAUAUGCACCAGAUUGUUGUGCUUUUUAUUUGUAUAAAGUAAAUAGUUUACAUAUUGACCGUUUCAAGAGAGUUCCAUUAUCAGCAUCAUAAUUGUUCCCACAAGGCUUCCAUUUUAACAUUCCAUAUGUUAUCUUAAUGAAGCGGAAGUAGAUUGGGAACAAAAUAGAAUGUUCGAGCAUUGUUUUUGUUUUUCUUGUUAAAAGGGUCUAUAAAGUCAACAGUUCCACAAUUCCACUUACAAUCAGCAUGAACAACUUCGAUAGUUUCUAUUGGACUAUGAUUGGUUAGACUGUCUCUAUGGUAGACAUGACCCUUUAUGGUUGAAUCAUACUGGUGCUCAGAUAAAGGGAUUGUAAACAGAUAAACAGAUCAAACUAAAAUAAAAACAGAUAAAACUAAAAUAAAAACAGAGCUAUCUGUUUUAUUAUCAAUUUUAUUUGGUAUGUCAGGGAUUUUUUAAAAACAUUUUAUCAUAUUUUGAAGACCAUUCAGACAAUAACAAUGUAAAACCCCACAUACUCCAGUGAUCUAUUUUUUUUUAUCCUCUUAUAUUUGUUUAUGUACAAUAUAAAUGUUCAAUACUACUUAGAGGAAAACUUUAAAGAGUGGAGCUAACAGUAGUCAAUUAAGCUUUAUAUUUGAAUUGUUAUUCCGAUGACAAAGUUUUCCUUUUGAAAGAAAUUUUCAAAAUGUUGUGUUAUUUCAUUUGACUGUACAUUUUGGUUUAAUUUGUAAAAUAUGAAAGAAACUGAAAUAUGAAAAUAUGAAAGAAAGUUUUUUUUUUUUUAUAUGUGUCAGAAAAUAAAUAUAUUUGAAUCAUU